UUAUUACCUAUGUUCUACAUCUACUCUACCGUAACCCGUUCAAAGCCGCUAUGGAUAAAGGGGGAAGAGAAAAAACCUCGCUGGUCUGAAAGCUUCUUCGGUUCUUGCAAUCCAUUUCUUGCUUAAAAAUGGCGAUUUUGUCUUCUUCGUUCCUUUCAAAUAAUAUAAUGUCUUCACUCUUGGGCAGCUCCAGUUUGGUCUCCACACAUACUCUUAUCCGCCGCAAUUCUCACUUGUUAAAACACGCAAAUACACCACCAAAAAGAAGAAGCUUUUGCUCUCAGUCUUCUGCUGUUACAGUGCAUAAUACCACUAUUUCUUCAAAUGGAACCCCUAAGUAUGGUCGCUUGCUCCCCUGCCCUUCACACCAUGGACCACCAAGAGUUGAACACUUGGUUGUUAAAGAUGGAGGGACUGUUCUUGAAUAUAUUUGCAAAGUUUUGGAUCUACCCCCUCUAUUUAAAAGGUUUGUUGCAGAUCUCAUUCAUUUUGGUGCGGUACACUAUGCUCUUGUUUGCCCAAAGCCUCCCCCAACUGCAACUCCAAAGGAAAUUGAGUUAUACAAACAAUAUACAGAUCCAGCAGUUCUGAGUAAGAGAGUAUCAAUUAAAGGAAAAACUGUGAGGGAAGCACAAAAAACGUUUAGAAUAACUUCUAGUGACGAGUUUGUUGAAACUGGAACGUACUUACGGGUUUAUUUACAUCCAAAACGCUUCCCAAGGUGUUAUGAGAUUGAUUGGAGAUCAAGAAUUAUCUCAGUAACAGAGUCCUAUGUUGUCUUGGAUAAACCUGCUGGUACAUCAGUAGGGGGGACCACAAACAACAUUGAAGAAACUUGUGCAACAUUUGCCACUCGUGCCCUGGGGUUGGUUGAUCCACUCAUGACUACUCAUCAAAUUGACAAUUGCACUGAAGGCUGUGUUGUACUAGCUAGAACAAAGGAAUAUUGUUCAGUUUUUCAUGGAAAAAUUCGGGAAAAAAAGGUAAAAAAGCUUUAUCUUGCUCUUACAGCUGCUCCAGUGCCAAAAGGAGUAAUUACUCACUACAUGCGUCCAACCAAUAUUGCACCGCGACUUGUUUCUAAAGAAUUCACAACAAGAUGGUAUUUAUGCCAACUAGAAGUCUUAGAGUGUAAAAUGGUUCCCUGGCCAAAUGCUGAUAUUGUAGAUAAAUACAGUAUUGAGGAUUGUGGAUGGCCUUCCCAAGAGUUUGCUUAUGAGUGCAAGAUCAACCUAUUAACAGGUCGAACUCAUCAGGUUGGUCAUGUGAUCAUAUAGAUGUACAAGUUGGUCAUUUGAUCAAGAAGGACGAUAUUAAUGUUGAAAGUCGAUCUUUGAAGAUGUCAAAGAGAGUUUUCAAUCAACACAUUGGAUUUAUUGUUCCUCCAUGGUUUUACGAAGUCAAACAUGUAAAUGAUGAAUUUCAAUGGCUUCCAAAAGUAUAUGGUCAACGUGUGUGGAGACUUGUCGAGCAUCAUGGAUUCUUCUUUAGUUUAAAACAUGUCAAUAAAUUUAUCUAUAUAUUAUAUGUUAAUAAUUAGAAAUAAAAUUAAAUAUGAUUAGCUACAAGUAUGAUUCUAUUAGAAUAAAUAAAGGAUUUGGUGUUACAGUAGUAACUAUUUAUAAAGAUUUAGUUAUCUUAAUAGAUUGUUACGAAAUAAUUAAUUAUAUAUAACUCUUGUAGUUUUCGUUGUUGAAUAGAGUUGAAUGGUAUGAAAUAAAUUUGAGGACUUAUUGCGGGUUCCCAGCCAACAUCAAAUUAGUAACUCAUUUCAAAAUUGACUAAAUUUGGUCACCAAUUUGAAAAUAUGUAUCAACUUUCUCAUUAAAAAUUAAAUAUUUUGUGUGAAUUUAGUCAUUGGGAGAUGGUUUACUUGUUACAUAAUUUCAAAUUAGUGACCCAAUUGAUCAAUUUUGAAACGAGUGACUAAUUUGAUAUAUUUGAAACAUAUGAUUAAUGAAUUUGAUAUUCAUCCCGUAUAUUAUCCGGUAAUGGAUACCUAAGUAUGCUAUUUUAAUAUCAUAUAGGUAAAGAUAUUUGUCGAACAAGCUUUAUUGCACAGGUCACAAAUUGUCAAAGUAUUAUAUCAUUUAAGAGUUUCUAGAUACGUCAAAGCGCAAAGGAAACCUACAAAUCCUUUAUAGUAUGGCAUAAAUUUAAUUUUUCACUGGCGGUAAAGCAGACAGAGAAAUCCACUUGACA